GUAUACCACAGGAAAAUUGCACUGAUUGCGUACUGUAGGCACAAUUCGUGAAUUCAACUUUUGAAGAAGCUGAGGGAACACGAAGAGAAUGGAGGAUUUGAUGUUCUCACUGCGGUAGUUAUGAAGAGUUCUGUCUUCUGGAAUAUGACGCCAUAUAGUAAAGAAUGGCAUCCCAGUCUUCUCAAGGGAGUAAACUUUCAAGUCAAGAGCAGAGUGCUCUGAUCAGUGAUAUAGUGCUGUACAUCUUAUCUCAGGAUCAUACCAAGUAUCCUAUCAAGCGACAGGACAUUGUAAAAAAUGUUCUGAAAACUCACGGAAGACACUACAAACAUAUUAUGAAUGAAGCAGCACAUGUACUGACAGAGAUUUUUGGAAUGAAGUUGGUGGAGAUUGAGCACAGCUCAAAUAUGAAGCAAUAUAUUCUUGUAAACAAUGAACAGUUUUUGAGAGAUGUGAGUGAUUUGAAGUGGCCAGAAGAGGUGGAAGCACAGCAAGUGCUUCUAAUGCUGUUGCUGUCGUUAAUUUUCAUGAGUGGUGGUGUAGUGAAAGAAGAAGUUAUGUCGAGUUUCCUAACUAGGCUGGGUAUUAUGAAUGGCAGAAAGUCUCAUGAAUACUUUGGUGACGUGUGGAAGUUGUUAACUGUGGAAUUUGUGCGUCAAAUGUAUGUAGAAUAUGUUCGUAUUCCUGAGUCGAACCCCCCAAAGUAUGAGUUUCGGUGGGGCCAUCGAGCCAAAGGAGAAGUAUCUCGGCGUGAACUCCUUAAUUUUGUGAGUUUGGUUUAUGGUUGUGAUCCAAAAAACUGGGUUACACAGUACCAGGAGGUGUUACAGGCUGAAAGUGAAAAAGAAAAGAAACGUGAAGAAGAUGGGAAGUGAUUGGUAAUGUUUGAAGGUCUCCACAUAAUAAACAUAUCCAUAUAAGUAUCACAUCUGUCCUUGUGUUCUGUAUGACCUUUGUGAAGAAUGUUAUUCUAGUUUUACUUUCAGAAUCUGUUCACCUUUGUACUGAAAAUUAAAUAUAACAUUUAUCAAGAUUGUA